AGAAAAGGAGGCCUGGGGCAGCACAGCCCACUGUGGGCGUCAGGGGCUGUGACCACCAUGGCCUGGGCUCCUCUGCUCCUGCUGCUCCUCUCUCACUGCACAGGUUCCCUCUCCCAGCCUGUGCUGACUCAGCCACCCUCCCUGUCUGCGUCUCUGGGCACAACAGCCAGACUCACCUGCACCCUGAGCACUGGCUACAGUGUUGGCGAGUACCCUUUAGUGUGGCUCCAGCAGGUGCCAGGGAGGCCUCCCAGGUAUCUCCUGACCUACCACACAGAAGAAUUUAAACACCAGGGCUCCGGGGUGCACAGCCGCUUCUCUGGAUCCAAGGACACCUCAGAGAAUGCAGGUGUCCUGAGCAUCUCUGGGCUGCAGCCCGAGGACGAGGCCGACUAUUACUGUGUUACUGCUCAUGCUACUGAGAGCAGCCUCCAUGCACACAGUGCUUCAGACGAUGAGGAAGUGAGACAAAAACCCCGGUUCCUCAGCCAUGGGCUCUGAGCAUCUUUAGUGGUGAAUAUCUGUGGAG